GAUGUCAUAUUAUUCUUGUAACACAAAUAACUAUCAGAAACUUGUUAUUUUUAAAGCUUCAGACAAUACACAUACUGGUAACCCUCUGAUGAUGCAGCGUCGGGGGCAACAGCCGCUACAACUGUGUGUGUCCUCUUGAUCGUCGUUGGUACUGCAACAGCUGGUGGGGUUCUGGAUGAGGAAUAAAGCUAACUUUAGCAUAGAGGUACAAAUUUGUGGCCGAUACUACCGGUGGAGGGGGUCUGACCAUGCUAAGGAACAAUCAGAUCAACGGCCAGUUCUUGAGCAAUGUAGAUAACCCUCAUUCCGGAAACUACAGCCAUGACCCCAACUACACUGACGACAAUGAACAAGACCCGAUCCAGCAUUAUGAUCCUAACUACGACGACAUAAAUUCAACAUAUGCGUGUGUUAAGAAGAAGGGAAAGAGUCAAUCAACUGAGCCUACCACACCCAGGACUAACAGUAAGGACACCAGCCAACCUCUUGACCCUUACUACUCGGAUAUCAAGGAACCCACUAUAAGCCCCGAGUAUGAAAACAACCACACUAACGACACAGAACACGACAAGAGUCACAAUUAUGAUCCCAACUACACUGAUGUCAACGACCAUGAGGCUAGCAAGCCACCUGACCCCGACUACUCUGACGUCAACCAGCCCUCGAGCCUCAAUUAUGACCCCAACUACACUGAUGUCAAGGAAGAAGAAAACAGUCAACCAGAUGACCCCACCUACGCACAUGUCAAGAAACGGAACAUGAUACAUCCAGACCAUUCUACUGAUGCUCAAGUCGAAACCGAGGACACGAUAAAACCCGACGAUGUCUACUAUGAUGAAGUUCCGAAACAGGAGGCAAGCCUGGCGGUUGAUACAACGUAUCUACAGGUGAACAAACAGGAGAUGAAGCCUAGAAAGUGGCAUCACUUUCAGUUCCAAAGACAAGCAGAAUCCUGCCGCAACACAUAACCCCAACUAUGUUCAGAGAAAAGAAGAUGCGACUGAGGUAGGCGGAUUCUACAAUCACCUCCAUGACAUACACCAACAUGUUGACCCCAACUAUGAUCACAUCGAAAGCAGCACGAGACAGGCAGCUGACCCCACCUUUCAACAAGUCAGGGGACAUAAUGAUCUCAGUUAUCCUAAUGUCAAAAGAGAGAAUACGAUUCAGAAAGAACAUAUGAACUACGAUCAUAUCAAACAACAGACCUAGGCAAGUCAGAUAAACUCUCCCACGUUCAUGUAAAGAAAAAAAGACAAUCCAAUUAGAGGACAAUUAUGAUCACCUGGUAAGUUGAUCAGGUGUCUUGGUAAAACUGAAAUCGGUUCCUUGACUGUGUCGCUACAAUCACUGCUCGUCUUUUUUUUUUUUUUUUUGCUGUCUUUAAGAUAGGCAUGAAAAUAAUUUAUCUUAAUUUUAAAUAAAUAAUUAUUUGUAUGUGAACUAUAAAUAGCUCUCUCGUCAAUAUACAAGUUAAAGGACGUUUGAUAUGUUUGGCAUCAACAUAUUAUGAAAAUGAUCACUUUGUCCUUAUCUAGCAAGGACCUUUUUGUCACUUUGUACAACUGUCUUCUUGUUAGAGUUGAGAUGUAUCGACGACAAAAGAAUUAUUUCCGAUAAUUGUGUUAAAAAUGUAAUUGUUAAUUAGUCAAAACUUUACUUGCAACUUUGAAACAACCAAAAUACUCAGCUCUGUUGUAAUGAGUAAUAUGUGUCAUGCUAUAUAUUUCUACAUAUAACAUUUUGGUUGUCUUAUUAGUUUUUGGGGAAGGCAAUUGAACAUUGUGAGUAGUCAUUGUUAAAAUUUAAAAAAAAAACAUAGUUGCGCCUGUUGCAACCUUAGCUGAGCUUAAACAUCAAUUCCCAACUUUUUGGAAAGAAGAGGAAGAAUGACUUGGAUCACAAAAAAAAAAUAUGCAUUGAUUUCCUGUUUAACAUAGCAAAUAAGCAGAAGUUUCAUGUAAAAGAAAUAAAAUCUUUAUUGUCACUA